AUGGCCGGUCGCGAAUUGAAGGCGCUGUUGAACAGUGGCGAGCAGGGCGCUACUUACACUGCUACGAUCUCGAUCGCUGGCGCCACUGUGGAGCUCCCCCCCGAGCAGAGGAAGUGCUUCUCGGAUGAUAAGCAUCCGUUCACCGCAACCUCCUUCGACUUUAUAGCCUGCGUGGUAGUUCGGAAGUGCGUGUCCCCGUCGCUCGUGGAGGCAAUUAAGGUGGUGCCCUCCAAUGUUGUCGCGGACAUCGUCGCUGGUGGAGAGGGCGCGCACGUGGCGUUUGACGGGUUGGUUGGGUGUAAGCUGGCCGCGUUCUGCAUCUGGUCUGAAGAAUUGAGUGACAAGAAGGCCUCCAACGCGGGCAUGUUGCUGCUCUUGCGACCGGACCACCUGGGACUUGACGCGACUUCACCCUGGAAAACCCGCUUUGUCCGCGUCUGUCACCCCACUGCCGCGGCUGAGCAUCUUGCCGCGGUGGACAAGAUUGUCAAGUACCCCCAUUGCGGUCCGCUCGCAUGUGGGUUCGCGUUCGACAGAGUUCUCAACGACCUCGACGCGGUUGUUGGACACGACCCUGCUCCUCGCAUCGCCAAGCCAAUUGCCAGGACGCUGAACACAUUGCGGCAGGAUGCGAAACGCGCCGCCGAAGAGCUCGCGUUCAGAUCUCGUUGCGGCAUCGCGGAUGGUCAUGGGGGGGAUGCUCACGGCAAUGACCGUGAGAGGUCGCACGAACACCCCGCGGGAUCCCGCGUGUCCGGACGCGAUAACAUCGCUCUCAACACAGCUCUUGCGCUCGCGAACACAGGGGAGGGGGACCAGGUGAAGCCGGACAACAAGGAAGAGGGCUCGAGCUCUGACCGCGACGAGGACGCCCCUGUUAACGCGCCGCAGGGUGGAGGUGACAACAAUGAAGAGGAGGCAGACGAGGCAGAGGAUCAGGGUCGCGGUCACGACGAAGAGGAUGCCCGGAGGAUCACCAGCGCGGUGAUUUGGAGCCGGAGGGCUGUGCUGUCCCCCCGCCACGGCAGCGCGACCCCAUCGGGCGAGUUUGCGGGCAAGAGUCCGGUCUUGGGCAAGCGGAAACACUCGGAGCUGGUGAAGAUGGCUCCUGAGAAGCUGGCCACGGAGAUCCUCCGCUUGAACGAGCAGCUGAAAAAUCAGAAGCGCAAGCUGGACGAGGUCGCGUCCGCGGUGCCCGGUGCUGAAUUCGCGGUGGUGAUCACGCAGAAGUAUGAAGAACUCGAGGCCACGGUGGGGAAGGUGCUAACCCACGUGCAGAACACGGACCGGGUGAUACGCAGGGAAGCCAAGCUGGCCGCGAAGGACAGGGCGGAGAAUCGCGACAUGCGGGAGGUGCUGAAACGAGCUGCGGUCCGGUUGGAAGAUUGCGCGGGGAGCAUGAAGGGGGUGGUUGUGGGCUCCAUGGAGAACGCCAAGAAGAAGCUCACGGACGAGGUCGCACGGAAGAUCGACGGCGCGUCAUCCAACAUCGCGAGUACCGCCGAUAAAGCGAUCACAAGCAGUGGCGUCACGACCUCCCUCAACAUCAUCAUCGCGAUGCUUUCCGGGCGUGCAGCACCGCAAGAAGUCCCCGAUGGUCCGCGUGGGAAGGAGGUCGCGAAGAAGGAAGGAGGGAAGAUGGCCGCGGAGAAGGAGGCCGGGAAGAAGGACACGGACAAGGAGACCGGGAAGAGGGUCGCGGACAAGGAGGCAGGGAAGAGGGUCGCGGACAAGGAGGCAGGGAAGAGGGUCGCGGACAAGGAGGCAGGUAAGUGCGAGAGCAGCAGGGGUGGGAAGCGGCAGAAAGGGGUCGCGAUCUAUAGCGUCACCGACCUUCUGAAGACCAAGGGUGGCGCGGUCGUCGAACGUGCUGCGGGGACCAACAGGGGGGCUGCUGCUGCUGCUGGACCGCCGACUGCGACCUCAGGGGUGGAAGCUGGUAAAGGCAAGGCCAAGGUCGAGGACGCCCCGCCAAACACCACCUCCACCACCACCGCCAUCACCACCGCGAUUGUGCCCGCGUCAGGCACCGCCGCGGUCGCGCCAGGACAGCCUGGACCCAGCUCUAUCGCCCCUGCCAUCCCCCCCUCUGCAGAUGUGAAGGCGAAGAAUCAGGGCCGCAGUGGUUGUAAGCCUCCUGCAGCCGCGUUGAAGUGUGAACGCGACGACGACGACGACUCGGACGCGGACGAUGAGGUUGAGCUUGUGAUGCAGAGGUUCUUGGGGCCAAGCGACGCCAGCGGAACAAGCGGCAAGCGCAAGGGCUGUGGUAUCCGCCCUCCGCCUAGGGGUGGGGAGGGGAUGGUGGGCGAACCGUGGCUGGGGGGGAGACGUCGCUGGCUCGGACAUCACUCUCUCCAAGAGGUGCAGUAUCUGACCGCGAUCGCGGUGAUGUGUUACGACAAGAAGAUAGACCCCGGGCUCAAGCUGACUGCGCAGCAGAAGAGUGAGUGGGCCGAGGACAUCUCCGCGGCCGGGACAUUGUGCACCGGGUUAUUCACCACCAUGCACCUCCGCAACCUCUGCGGCAAUGUUGACAGGUACCACCACAUGUUCAAGGCCUACCGCGACCUCACCCGCUGCGGGUCCUCGAUCGGCAACGCGAUAGCUUGGGCAGCCGCGGUGGGGAAGGAGGCUGCAGAUGAGGAGCCCGAUGUCACCGGCGCCCAAGCGGGCCUGUUCGCUCGUGCGGUCGCGUGCGCCAUCGCGAUGGUGUGGGAGACCUGCAACGGUCUCGAACUCGAGAAGGAGAAUGCUCGCAAGCAAGCUCCUGAGGUCACCCCGAAGCAGAUCGCGGAGAAGAUUGAGACCGCGGUCGUGAACCGACUUGGUGCGCGACUUGGAGACCCUACCUUAGUCGCUAUGGUCGCGCACGAGGCAGUAGACGUGCUGAUGACCUGGUGCGACUGCAAGGUCGCGGCCAAGGCGAUGGAGGCCAACGGGCUCUACCUCGCUUUGCCGGAAAAGCGGCUGUCCGCGAAGAAGAGGUCCGCGUGA